AUGCGGCAAAGUCUACAUCGGAGAAACGGGACGACCCAUGAAAGAAAGAAGAAAAAAGAACACGACAAGGACAUGCGACUCGCACGCACUCAGAAUUCCGCGGUUUCAGAACACGCUAACGGAACCAGACACGAGCUGCUGUGGAACGAAAUGAAGUUUAUUGACCGAAACAACCAUUGGUACACAAGGAAAGUGAAAGAGGCAAGAGAUAACCCAAACAACAUAAACAAGGACAACGAAGCCGAAAUACCGGAAGCGUGGAUGCUGCCAAUUAGAAAACAUCAAAGCCAGCGACGCACGGCAAAUUAG